AUGCUCGCGCAAAACCAUCCAACGCUACCUCCGUCGCUUGUUCCUCGCCCUCCAUCAUAUUCAGACCUCGUUAGCAGAUUCAAAGACAUCGUCAUAUACUUACCCGGACACGAACACUCUGCACUACCCUCCUCUUCCUCCACACCUGCAUCCUCACCGCCCCAAUCCACACAAUUCGAAGAGUUUACCUCGGCCCUCACGAAGAAAAAGAAUACAAUCCCAAGCACCAUUUCGGAACUCACCCUCAUCGCCGACCAAUCACUUAACAGCACAACCCCGACUUAUCUCGAGGGCACUCCUCUCACAGGACGAGUCUCUCUCUCCUUGUCCCCUUCCAAGCGCAGGUCCAUCCGCGACGUCACUUUAACCGUCAGAGGGUCCAUUCUAUCACUCGAGCACCCGGGUGACCCUCUGCACUUCCUUACCAUCCAAAGAAAGUUAUGGACAGCCGGCAAUGGCACCCCGAAUAGCACUCCGGACACCUCUCUCUCCGCCGACAACGCACCCGCCGCCACCCCUUCCGCACACAGCCCAACCGUUUGGCCUUUCAGCAUCGAUCUACCGCGGGAAGUUGUAUUCCCCUCCGGCCGACACGUCGACAUUUUCAAACUCCCCCAUUCCUUCGUGGAAAGACAAGCCAAGGUCAACAUUUGCUAUGAGGUGUCCCUGCGUGUACGACGGGGGAGAUUCAAGACGGAUUACAGGUUGAAACUACCCUUCAACUACAUCCCUUCCCGUCGUCCACCGCCUCCUUCCCUCCCUCGUCAACUCGCCUACCUCCACAGAACUCCGAUUCCCACUCCUGAGGAGGAUAUCGAUGGAUGGCAUACAGCCCCCACGUUCAACGUCAGAGGACAGCUAGCGAUUGGCCGCCAAAGAAGCAACGUUGCUGUUUCGUGUCAACUCUCAUUACCCAAACCACUAGUCUACACCCGUGGAACACCGCUGCACCUCAGCCUCCUCCUCGAAUCACCCUGCGCCCAUGCUCUCGACGUCCUCUCAGACCCACGAUCCAUCGUCUGCCGUCUCCGACGUACCAUCCGAUACCGGCCGUCGCAGCGCCACCAAAGCCCGAUUCGAGGUACGAACUUUGUCGACAGCCACGCCUCUCUCUGUCUGCGAGACUUGAAUUGGAAUUCAUGGAAACAGAAAGGAAAGGACCAGAUUGAGGAUUCAGAAUCGGCGGUUUGGUGGCCAUGUCACUCCCAGUCGGAUUGCGACUACGAGCCCGAACCCGAUGAUCAUCACCAACAGCCGCGGCAAGGAACGGUGCAAAAGAGGAGGAUAGCAGGCGAGCUUCACCUUCGGAAAGACCUCAAACCAACAACCGCGAUCGGGGAUUUCAGCAUCGAGUAUUCACUAGUCCUCUUCCCGUUCGACAACACGUCCUUCAUUCCCAACCCCACAGUUUCCACUGGCACCCUCCUGCACAAGGAAGCUCUAAUAUCCAUCCCUAUCGAGAUCGCCACCCUGGACGCUCCAGGUCCACAGCCGAGGAUGUACGCCCCUCCAUGUUACGAUUCGACAGAUACGCAUUAUGUUAGUUGGGAUUAUAAUUAUUCUUCUGUAGCCUAG